AUGAGCACUGACUAUGCAACGCCAUAUUUAGAUUUUAUUAAAGCAUUUGAAAAGCUUUUUAUUAUAAAAUCUAAUGAGUCCGUUGAAGAUAUGUGCAAUAUUAUCACAAACGUUUUGAUAUUGAAGUAUCAACUUACCAAAAAACAGCUUGCGCAAAUAAUUAUCAAAGCACUUCAAUACAACUAUGCUUCAUGUGAUAACUAUGCCAAGAUAUUGAAGAAUAUCGGAAUGGAAAUUAAUGAUCUUUCGGAUCUAAGAUUUCCAUCUGAGGAUUCAAUUGAAUUUACUGUUAUGCAUGAUCACAUUGAUAAAUUCAAGGAUUAUAUUUCUCAAAAUAAAAUUAAAGAUAAAUUUUUUAAAAUUCCUAUUUUGAACAAUAUACAAAUUAAAAGUGAUAGAAUCAAUUUAUCAUAUUAUUAUAGGGGUAAGCAAGAGAACCUCAAUUUAUCAUUAAUUGAAACAUGCGCAUAUUUUGGAUCUGUAAACAUUUUCUUUUUCUUAAUUUCAAACCAAAAAUAUACAAUAUCAAAAGAAUGCCUUCGAUAUUCAUUAAUUGGUAGAAAUACAGACAUUAUCAACGAAUGUUUAAAGAAAUAUCUAAUGGAUAAAGAUUGUCUCCGAGACAUUGUAUGUUCUCAUAACAAUUCCAUGCUUGAAUUCGGUUUAGAAAGAAAUUUUUUUACUUAUAAUGAUUUCGAACGCGAUUACGUAACAAGAACAGCAAUUUACCAAGAUAUUAUUAAAUACCAAAACCUGAAAGCUGUAUUUCUACUUUACGAGAAUGCAAAAGACUUGAUUCUUCCAUGGUGUGCUGCAUUUCCUCAAACUAUAGAUAUUAUCAAAAACGAAAAAAUAACGGAUAAAACUGAUCUCGAGAACAGAAACAUUCUACAUUAUGCAUGCAUGUCACCAAAUUCUGAUAUUGUCAAAUUUUUAUUUAACUCAACCAUCAAAAUUGAUGUCAAUCACCAUGAUAUGUAUUCGAUGACUGCACUCCACUAUGCAGCAAUGAAUAAUAACUUAGAUGCAGUAAAAAUCCUUAUUUCACAUGGGGUUGAAGUUAAUAAUGAACUUUCUCGAAAUAAAAUUAAUCAUUCUAAUAUCAAAUUCUCUUUGAUUUGA